AUGGAUGAUGAAUACCGUCAUAGCAUAUCUGGAGCCCCACACAUCUUUGCUGACUUUUUGACGGGUUCGACUACAGAUUGCCUUGGCUGUUUCCAGUUACACAUUGAAACAACAACCACCGACUCUAUCCUCGAACCAACUUGCUCUCCUCCCGACUCCGCCGCACCAAUCACGGUCGUCGUCACGCCCUGCUGGCCCCAACACAAGCAGUUCCGCCGCACGCUCAUCAUCGCCGUCGUCGCCCUCGCCUGCCUCGCGCUGCUACAGGCGCGCUGGCACGACAUUGCGCUCCUGCGCGGCAGCAAACCCGCCGCCAAACUCGCCGGGUACCCUGUCGCCGUCAUCGAGAACGACGACGCGCCACGCACCAUGGUCACGGCUAGCGCCUUCCGCCCUGUCGCAUACCCCGCCGGCCACAACAAGACGCUCGCCGAGCUCUGUGCCAGCUUCCCGCGGCACCUGCUCGCGACGGUGCAGCCCGUGCUCAAGACGGGCUUCACCGACGCGCCCGGCCGCCUGCUGUCCCAGAUGGAGAGCUGCAGCGCCUGCUUCGCGCCGGGCGACCUGCUCGUCUUCUCCGACCUCGACGACGUGUACCGCGGCCACGAGGUCAUUGACCUGCUCGCCACCCUGCCGGCCGCGUACCACGCGUACGAGCAGUUUGCGCCGUACUUUGAGCAGAAGCGCCUGCGCGACAGCGGCGAAGCGGCCGCCAACCCGGACGCGCUCGGCGCCAUUAACGGCUGGAAGCUGGACAAGUUCAAGUUCCUGCCGCAGGUGGAAAAGGCUUGGGAGAUGAAGCCCAACCGCGACUUUUAUGUGUUUUACGAGACGGAUACCUACGUCUUUUGGGAUCCUCUACUCCGCUUCCUCGACACCCUCGACCCGGACACCCCGUUGUACCUGGGCUCCGCCUCGCCAGGCCGGCAAGACGAGAUCGGACGGGACACGUGGUUUGCCAACGGCGGCCCCGGCUAUGUGCUGAGCCGCGCGGCGGUCCAGAAGCUGCUCCAUCGGCGCGUCAGCCCGACGGGCGUCUAUAUCGACCCCCCGUUCGCCGAGAAGCAUCGGCACCUCUUGCACGACCUCGAGUGCUGCGGUGACAGCGCCCUGGGAUACGCGUUGUGGCAGAGCGGCAUCCAGUUGCAGGCGCUGUACCCCAUGUUUUCGCAGCACCCGUUGCACCACACGCCGUUCGACGCGAUGCGCUGGUGCUCGCCGCUCCUGACCAUGCACAAGUCCAGCUUCGACGACAUGCGCGCCGUGUUCCAGUGGGAAUUCACGGCCCGCUCAAACGACUAUGCCAUGCGCCAUCGCGAUCUAUGGGAGUUCAACAACCCCGGGAGCGAAUCGCGGCGCGCCGACUGGCGCAACGAUGAUCGGUUCGGACGCAAGGUGGAGGGCGACGUGGUCAUUGACACGCAGGCGGCAUGCGAGGCGCACUGCCGGUCGCUCGAGGCAUGCCUCAUGUGGAUGUGGCACGGCGACGACGUCGACGAGUGCUUUGUGAGCGAGGACGUGCUGCUCUACGGGCAAGAGGCCAGGCCCGAGUCGGUGGAUGACCGGCGGCAGGCCAGCUACACGUCGGGAUGGAUCGUGGACAGGGUCAAGGAGUGGAAAGCCCGGCACGAGUGCAACGACACGCUCUGGCUGUCGCACAGCUUUGCGCGCAUAUUUUGA